AUGGAGCCCCGGAUAGCCACGCUAUUAGGCAUCUCAUGCCAGAGGAGAACUUCCCAUGAUCCGAUGUCUCUAGUGGCACCCUCGUCUAGCACACGAGAAUCGCGCCCAGCCGAGCCAACGUCUGCUGGCGAAGAUGCGCUUAUGGUGGCAAGCACCUUCUCCAGCGACUAUAAUGCAAAACCACAAAUUCAAGGUCACAUCUCCUUGGCUCGACCAAAACCAGGCGCCCCAAUAGCACAAGUCUUGAAUAAUGAGGCGCCGAUGCUACACACUCCACAACCUACGUCACCAACUACACCUUUCGUCGGUAGACAUGAUCACUUACUAGACGACUCGGAACAGGUGAACAAACGAAGGAAACGGGAACAGCAUUGCAUUCAGACUGCGCUAGGAGGCUGCGAAAACCCAGUGAUCAAGCUCCCGGAGCUACCGCAACUGCCAAGAAGAACAGCGAAAAGGCCCAGGAUACCACCGUUGCUACAAGGCUUACACCAGCCACCUCCGCUACCACCCGAAGGCAGACUUUUCCCGCCCAUCACCGGUGAAAAGAAUGCAUUCGUGAGUAAUCCCGGAGAAGGGGUUGGUUUGGAUAUAUACGCUGAAGAGACACGAAGCAAAGUGGACGAUGAACAUGUAGAUCCUGGAAUUGGUGUAAUAGGAAUGAGCAGAGAGGCUCGGAAAGAAGAGAGCACCGGGGAACAGCAUGCGGCAACUAAACUCAUGCCUCCCACAUUAGCAUUGGACCUGGAAAAGACCAACAAACUAAGAAACAGAGGACCGUUGGCUGAAGCCAGUAGCCAAAGCAAACGUGCCAGAAAGCGGAAAUGGUGGUCAGAACAAGAGACCAAAGAUUUACUUGUCGGCGUCAGUAGAUUUGGAAUCGGUAACUGGAAGAAGAUAUUGCAAGACCCUGAGUUCGAAUUUAAAGGGCGAACAGCAGUUGAUUGGGAUUCUGCUAAUUGUGCUGCUAUCAAAGUGAAGGACCGAUUCCGAGUGUGCUGCCCCGGCGAAGGCCUGAAGCUUAGGAAAACAAAGCAAAGCAAAGCAAACCCGGAGAAGCAUCCCGAUACAUCCGCAAUGACAAUCCAAAUACCCAACGACUCAACGACAAUCGGUUGUGACGGUGUCUACAGUGAUGUUAUGAUGGCGGGUCAGCGCAGCGCGGAUCAACAGCAGGGACUCAUCCACGCUAACGCGUUGGCUAAGUUGCCUGAGCUAGGCAUACAUCUACCUUUCAUGAAGAGCACGCGUCGACCACGUCGCAGAUUUAGUGCCUAUGAUGAUAAGAAUCUAUUGAAAGGGUUUGAGAAGUACGGAACUGUUUGGCACUCCAUGCGCGAUGACACGGAGCUGGGCUUUAGUACGCGUCAUCCCACAGACUUACGCGACCGUUUCCGGAUCAAAUAUCCAGAGCAGUACGCAAUGGCUGGAUACAAAUUGAAGCCGGAGCAGGAACGUACUAUCAACGAAAGGACAAGUAAGCGCCACGGACAAGAGCAUUGGGAGCGUCUACAUUCCACGGGCAAUGCGGCUUAUGUACCCAACGGGGGAGGAAUUGAACCACAACCCAACGUGGAUUCUAGAAGAGUACCAGGAAAAAGGAAUCUCACUUCCACUGCGACAUCCUGUUUACAAACGAGUUCGAAUCCGAGCCUUAAGUCUUUUGGGCUUGAGCAAUACCUCUCCGACCCGCUACCCACUCUAUUGGGCGAUUGGUCGGUCUCCGAAGAUGGUGAUGGUGAAGAGAGCCCAAUCACGCUGAAUCGAAACAUCCUACGAUGGGCUGACGCAAACCCAUCCUCCUUGUUUACCAUUCCUCCAACACCAACGACUACUCAUGGGGCUAACCAUGUGACUGGAGACACGCCAAUACAUGCUUUUGUUGCCAGUGACGGAAUCCACAUCAAUCCCCUGGCCACACUUAAACUCCCGCCUACGACAUUUUACGCCAACACCUUGCCAAUAGUAAAUGCUCGACCCUGUAAUACGAGCUCUAGUCUAUUCCAUCAGUCUACAAUUACCAGUGGGGCCGUGUCCAACGGCCCCGGAGAUACGAGAAUGGUUCCCACUGCUAGUGCAGCAGCUAACUCAACGAGCUGCCCAGUUUCCCCCGCAAUCUUCUCAUUCGUCCCGCCCUCGGACGUCGAAUCCUCUCACUAUCGUUUUCCCUCAUGUUCCAGCCGCCAGCGCUAG